AUUCACUUUAACAAUCUACACCAGCAUGGACCGAGACAUUUAAAACAAAUCUUUCAACCAGUCGAUGGAGUACAGUCACAAAGCUAUAUCUUUGAUCCAGAAGAAGUACAAUCAUCUGGAUGCAUUCAUGAAGGAAACAGCUAUAAAUACAAUGAACAAGGCAGCAAUAAAUCCAGAUUCAAAGAGAAUAGUGAAAAUGAAGAACCCAAAAAUGAACUCCAAAAGGAUGUGGUAAACAAAACAGAAAAUAAAAAUCCAGUAAACUGUACAACAGAAACUCUCUGGAACCACAGAGGCAAUGAUUGUCAAGAGGAUGGCCUUGUGAAGCAUGCUGCAAAGCUUGAUGUUGCAGUCAAUGGUGGCAACUCCUGUGCUCCGUGCUCCAUGCUCAACCCCAACACAAGCCCAGUGAAAGAAACCAGUGAAAAGGGAACUUCCAGCCAGCCAGAGGCUUCUUCAGCCAGUAAUAGAGACUUUCACACCAAAACAAAUAGGUAUGGACAAGAACUUGACCUAGAGACAGUUAGUCAGAAUACGGCAGCCAGCAAUGUGCCUAACAGUAUUCCAGACUCACAGUCUGCAGAAGACAGCACCUUUCUCAAAGGAAACUCAAUACUGGAGACAGCAGACAAUGCCAUAAGACUGCCAGGUAUUGAUUAUCUCCAAAACAGCAAUCAAACUGGAAACUAUGUUGAAAAAGACAGCUUUUCAGUCAGCUGUGCACAUUCAGACCAAAACACUGGUGUUUCAGCAAUACAGAACCAGGACCUUUGUGUAGUCCCACCUUGGCCUGUGAAAGAGACCUGUAUUGAACCUUUUAAAAGUGACUCUGUGAGGUUGACUGAGAGCCUUACUGGUGGUAUCACUGCAGUGGCUGUUACCAAAGGCACACAGGCACCCACACACACCAGCCAUAAAGAUGUCAAUGGAGGAAUUGAGGAGGAAGAUGCAGAAGUUGCGGCAGCCCUGGCUGCACUGGAAGCUGCAACAGCAGGAGAAGACCUGGAAGACGAUGAUGAGUACUAGAUGGUUUCUUUCUAAUACACUGGGUAAGAUCCAGAUGUUAUUUCUGGAUCCAUAUGAACAGAUUUGCAGCACACAUGGAGAACUGUUAUGAACAGCAUAUAUAAAAGGACUUAAACCUCAGUCCCUUCUGCUGUUUUAUACAGCCUUUUAAUUUCCACUGCCUGAGGUACAGAAGUGCUUCCUUGACUAAUGGUAAUUCUCUCCUUUUGGGCCCAAAAAAGAGGCAAAAGCACAUAUUCUUCCACACAGAAUAUUCAGUUGUAUACCCACCUCAUCUGGACUCAUGCAAGUGUUACCUUUUUUUCCUCAUGAGGGUCUGUACACACUGCAUAUUCCAGGUUCACAAAGUUCCCAUUAUUUAAAAUAGGACUAUUGAAGCCAUGGAGUUAGGAACCACAGAUUUUCAUCAUUAGCACAAAAAAACGUACAUAAAUGAGCCAAAGUUCUAUGAUCUACUGAAAUGCAAAAUAAGGAAGGCAGCUUGGACUGAACUUUACUGUGGUUAUGGUUCCAUUACAGAUUAAGCCUAAAUCUGUGCACAUGCACCCAGCAUUGGAAUGGUAACAUUACUUCUCCCCACACACCUCUCCCUUGACUUCUUUGAUACCCCAAGUGUUGCUGCUUCAGUUCCUUAAAAUAGCAGAAGCCCAGCCAAAUCCAGGAGGGUGGGUAACUUUCUGUUGGUUUAACGUGCUAAAGUAGCUCAUGUAAGCAUUGCACAGACGCUAUCAGAGAGGCCAUAGAGAGAAACUCAGUCCCUACCAGUUUGGAUAGAUUAAAACUGUUGUAAAACUACAGCCUGAAACCUCUAAAUUCUGCUAAAUUUUCCAGGUGCAUGUCACCUGUCUUAACAAGACAGUUUUCAAAAAGUCUGUGUCUCAAACAUACUCAGCAAGAUGUGUUUUGUCCAUACAAAAACAGCAAGAGCCAACAAGGACCCCUCCUUAGCUCUGCUUGUAGUCCCUAAAUUUCCAUCAGGAAAGGGACUGAGCUUCCUAACUGGAUUAAGUAUAAGAUCCAAAAAUAGCUGCAUUCUUGGAGGGGCUUCAUUUCUAAUGGGAGAAAAAAAAAGGAAGUAGAGACCAAUUUGGUACUGCUAAUUCAGCAUAAGUAUGGUUGGAAUAGAAAGUGCUUGACAUUUUAUACGGAAAUUUUGUGGUUUCCACGUUUUUGUUAUAACUCCUAAUAAAUUUUUCAACCAUAUAAAAAAAUAAUCUGGUGGCUUUUGUACUUUAUGCAUUUUCUGAAUAUAAAAGUAACAUGAAAGAAGUUUAAUAAGACAUAACCCUCAUUAGAUACAUGAAAAACACCAACAAUGUAUUUGCCUAGAGUAUAUGCUGAUUUUGAUUUCUCAAAACAUUAAUGAUACUCCUAGGAGCAUUUAAAACAACCUAAAGUCUCAGCUUCUAGAGAACUAUAUUCAACUACAGGUAAGAGUCACAACAUUGCAUCUGUAAAAUAAAAAAGCUUUAUGUGGUUUUAAAGUAUUGUAGUAUUGUUGAUUUCUCUACCACUACCUUAUUUAGUAGGUCUUUCUAAGCCUUCUCAUAAGUGCAUACAAGUUUCACAUAUGCAUUUGUCUUUCAAAGGUUACUACAAUAUUGAAAGGGGGUGAAAGUGUCGGAACACAGCCACUAAAGAGUUAUGCUGAGAGUGUCACCAGUCCUGACUGUCCCUGCCCGGCACCCCAGGGCUCCCCCUG